AUGGCUAUGGUACUUCAUUCGAAAGCAGGCGGAGGGGAGAUCGAGGAAAACAUUGAGGCUAGAUACAACGAAAUCGUGGAUGCAAUUCAACUUCUUUCCGUUCGAGCACAGAUCGACAGACUUACGGCAAACCUGGCAACUCUCCAGAAAAAUGGCGAAAAUACCAAGCUCGAGCUCGCGGAGUUAGAUCGUUCAAUCGAGGAAAUGGAAGCUGCCAAAGUUGCCGAAUCUGAUAGACAGACCGAGAUCACAAGAACCAGAUUUUUUCCGUCAGUUGUAGGUGACAUGAGACUGCGGAAGCUCGACACACAACUCCAAUAUCUGCAAAACAGGCAGUCUGCGUCUCAAGGCUCUCUCGCCGACGAAGAAUUAGAGAUACAAACUUGCGAGGCAAGCAUUCAACAACUAGAAGCAACGCUCAUUAACGGCAAGAAAAGUUCGGACGUUCCCCAUCCUGCAGUUACAGACAGCUCGAGCAGCAACAAGGUUAUUGGUUGCAGAAUCAACUUCCUGCUUGAAGAGCUUCGAGAUGUAACAGCCUUUGUUGAGCAGAUCGUAUGCACAUUUCAAGUUGCUGACGCUACAAGUGGGAAAAGCGCGACUGUUACCGCUGAUUCUAGUUGUGGGAUGAAUUCGAUGGAACGCAUAUCAGAAGCUGGAAGGGAACAUAAAAUCGUCAGCAAGACUGCAGAGCAAAAUAAGAUUGUUGGCUUCCUUUUGGACCACAAGGUUGGAUCGACAGAACAAAAGUUAGAAGCGGCAUUAUCGAAGAUCAAAAGUUUGGAAAAUUAUUGCGACGGAAAUGUGUGGUUAGCUGGGGUUGGAAAGAGGGUUCGUGCACAUAGAAUGGCACAAGAAUUUGCUAGCAUACAGAGGACUAAACCAGAUUCCCACAUUUUCGACGCGGGAAAUUCUAUGGCACGCUAUGCUCAUGCUGUCGCGGAUGCAGCAGUGUGGGAAACUUGCCGAGUACUUUUAGGUAAGAGCUGGACAAUCACGAAAUUUCGCGACCUGUAUUCUGUGAACGCCGAUGAAGUAUGGGAGAACCGCGAGUUCGGCGAGUUUAUCAACAUAAUUAAUUGGAAAGCGAAUAUGACUUCAUGGACUUAUCAAGGUUUGACAAAUGAAGACAUGUUUAGUGCUUUUGAUCUCUUGCACAAGAAAGUGAUGCCAACUAUGAGGAAUAAGGAAGGGGAUCUUGAUAAGGCAGGCUUUAAAAAGGACGUAAAUUAUGAAAGUUUAAAAGACAUUUACAACAAAGGGAACCAAACCCGAAAUCAGGUCUCAAAUUUGAGGAAACUUGACAAUGAGAUUCAGGACCUUCGAGAAAGAAUUAGUGCACUGGAAGUCCUGUGCGGUGAAUACAGGAAUAAUCCAGGUCGGAAUGCAUCAAUGGUAUCCGACGAACCAAUAUCCGUCGAACCAAGGAUCUACUCGGUUAGUGAGCUUGUGUGUGAUAUGAAGGAUUCAGUUUGGGGAUUGGAGCAGAAGUUUGAAGCUAAAGAAUCUGUUCUAAAGCAGACGAUUGAAGGUUUACAAGCCCAAGUAGCUGAGAAUUCCGUCACUAUUGGGCACUUGAGAAAUGAAGUACAUCAGAUGCUCCCUGUUUGCAAAUUAGCGAUGGAAGUACGACUGAGAAGAAUGGCGAUUGACAACGCCUACAGAAAAACGAGACCGAAAGACGUAGACCUCGUCGAGGCUGGAAACAAAGCGGCGCAUGGGGCAAACGCGAUCGUAGCUGCUGCCACCUGUCUUACUUUGCGAGGUAGAAAAGAACGAAAAGACAACAUCAGUACUUUUUCUGAGAUGUACGGUACAUCACCAGACUAUAUUUGGACGCUCCGACGGCAUUCACCUUAUAUCGACAUGGUCAACUGGCAAGCCGAUAUGUCCAGUUGGAAGCUAAUUAGCUAUAUUCGGCUCACUCGAGCUACUACUCAAGCUUUUGAUAUUGCCCAUGGCAAGUUUUCCAACAAGCUUAAGGAUUCAAAAGGGGCUCUGAUUACUCCUUUUUCCCCAAAACAAGUCAUGGAGACAGUGGAAUAUCUGAAUUUGAAAGUGGCAUACGACGCUGCUUAUGCUGAAAUCAAAGCUUCUAGCUCACGAAACUAG